AUGGUGGAAGCGUGCAAGCAUCUGGGCACACACGUGUCGCUGCGUGCAGUGUCCCUGGCCAACGUCACGCACCGCUCGUCGUCCACCAUGAAGGCGUACGUGCCGCUAGCAUGGAAGCUUGACGGCGCCGUGCGAGUGCUGGAGGCGCAUAAGUUAAUAUUCGCCCGCGCGUUGCUCUUCACCCGUUUGUUCUUCGGAGUGCGCGUGGUGGUGCUGGCCCCGAAGCAGCUCAAGCAUUUGAACAUAACGUACAUGGUACGGCUCCGGCGAGUGGCAAAUCAGCCAAGAUUCACGUGCACAGACCACUCGGACUGGCAAAUCCGUGAGAUGCUCCACCAACCUACCACUGAGUGCAUCCUGGUGCGCAUGAGGCUCACCUAUUCAGCGCGCCUGGUAAGACACCGUCCAGCCGCGCUCCUCCCACUGCUCCACUGUAGGCCGGGCGGGCGCCCUCUUCCGUGGACGAGGCAGCUUUGGGAGGACGUAGAGCUGCUGAGGCCAUUUUCGCCCGAUGGCUUCCCUACGUUCCAGGAUGGCCCGGACAACUGGCACGAUCUCAUGAUGCAGGGACAGGUCUGGAAGACGCUCGUAGUGCGCAUAAUUUUUUUUUCCCAGCCCUCCUUGGUUGGGUAUUCGUUUUUCCCAGCCCCCCUUGGUUGGGUAUUCGUUUUGAAUAGAGCAUAUCCUAAACUAUUUGCGCCCCGCUUUUGCGCAGGGGUUGGGUACGUCGCCAGGGUAAUUUGCGUAUGUGUGCGACACGGCAGCCGGGCCUGCGUCCGAGCGGGCGCGCGCAUACGAGUGCCACUGUGGAUGCGCCUUUUCGUGCUGCGCGGCAUUCAGUGCCCUGGCCAUCAAAACUGUGCGACCGCGUAG